UCCACCACUCAGCUUCCUUCCCGGCCUGCCUCGCGCCGGUCGCCGGGCUGGGCCAGAGCAGCCAAGAUGGCCGACUUCGAGGAUCGGGUGUCGGAUGAGGAGAAGGUACGCAUAGCCGCUAAAUUUAUCACUCAUGCACCCCCUGGGGAGUUUAAUGAAGUAUUCAAUGAUGUCCGGCUACUACUUAAUAAUGACAAUCUCCUCAGGGAAGGGGCAGCACAUGCAUUUGCUCAGUAUAACAUGGAUCAGUUCACACCUGUGAAGAUAGAAGGCUAUGAUGACCAGGUCUUAAUUACAGAGCACGGCGACCUUGGUAACAGCAGAUUUUUAGAUCCAAGACACAAAAUUUCCUUUAAGUUUGAUCAUUUACGGAAAGAAGCGAGUGACCCCCAGCCAGAAGAUGUGGACGGAGGCUUGAAGUCUUGGAGAGAAUCCUGUGACAGUGCUUUAAGAGCCUAUGUGAAAGAGCACUAUUCCAACGGCUUCUCUACUGUUUAUGCUAAAACUAUAGAUGGACAACAGACCAUUAUUGCAUGUAUUGAAAGCCACCAGUUUCAGCCCAAAAACUUCUGGAAUGGUCGUUGGCGGUCAGAGUGGAAGUUCACCAUCACACCACCUACAGCCCAGGUCGUUGGAGUGCUCAAGAUUCAGGUUCAUUACUAUGAAGAUGGCAAUGUUCAGUUGGUCAGUCAUAAAGAUGUACAGGAUUCAGUCACUGUUUCUAAUGAAGUCCAAACUGCCAAGGAGUUUAUUAAAAUCAUAGAGAGUGCAGAAAAUGAGUAUCAGACAGCAAUUAGUGAAAACUAUCAGACAAUGUCAGACACCACGUUCAAGGCCUUGCGCCGGCAGCUUCCAGUUACCCGCACCAAAAUCGACUGGAACAAGAUACUCAGUUACAAGAUUGGCAAAGAAAUGCAGAAUGCUUAAAGGCCAACUGUAGGAGUCUCCAGUACAAAGAAAGAAAAGGAUUCAACAUGGUGUGGUCAUAUGAUCAAUAGGUGAUUUAUAAACAAACAAGAGUGAUAUUUUGCUAGUUAACAAAGUUAACAGAUCUUCUAGCCUCAUGGAAUACUGUUGAGCCUACAGCACUGUCUUGAUUCUUUUGUGUGUGUGUGUUCUCUGCCUUGUAAUUUUCUGUUAUCACUAUAUCUACUUGUAAAUCUUUUUUUUUUAAUUCUGCUACAUUUAAUGUCAAAGAAAUCUAUCCUGAAGUCAUUUUGCUGUUUAGAAAAUUUCCUAGCCAUGACGUCCUGUUGCUGGUUUUUACAGAGUAUUUGGUCAGUACUCUUUACCCCAUGCUUUAAAGCAAUUCCAGUGCUUCAGUGGCUUUUACUGAUCCACCAAUUGCUAAAGAGGCUAUGUUAUGAACUGUAACUAAGUGGACGACACACUCCUCUGUCUGACUGCUUUGAUUGUUUAUAGCAUCUCACAAUUAUAGUUUUCAUACAUUUGGAUUGGGGCAUUUUGGGUCCAUGUUGGGAGGCAAAGGAAGUUUCUUGAAUAUUCCAUGGCAGCAGCUUCUCUGGGAACUUGUUUUUAAAUCCAAAGACUUGAACCACAUUCCCUGCACAUAAACGUUUAUUUUCAUUCUCUCGUCUCCUCCCAUAUACUUCCAUUGUAGCCAUAGAUGUCUGCAGGAAGUGCAGCUUAGAAAAUCCAUUGGGGAAAACCAGGAUUGUCAGUCAAUCACAUGGGCCUAUUUUCUUUAAUGGAAAGAAAUGCCUGAUCACCUGGAAUGCUGGAAUGACAGGAUCAAACUACCUGGGGAUCCUUUGCUAUUCUAUUAGCAACCUCCAACUGAAGCCCCACUCCACCCCUUCCCACACACAAUAUUCUGAGUAUUGUUUAGGCCCUAGUCCUGGGCUUUGUCUCUCAGUGAAUAGAACUUAUGUCUAUUACGUAUCCUUCCUUUCUAGGCCUCAGCCCUAAAUUCUGUUUGUCAGUCAAUAAAACUCAUUCUUAUUGUAAAGGACACAGGUGCUUUACUAUUUGGCAAGGGAAUUUUGAUGUAGCUAGCCCCGAAGCUUUGUUUUGAGAAUUGUCAUGUGGAGACUUUUUUUCCCAAAGUUCUACUAUGUUUAAAUGUGUGAAAAAAUUAAAACACAGGAUCAGAUUGUCGAAGUCUUGAUCCUGUCUGACCAAGUCUGGCUGCACCAAGUUUUCAUUCUGUCCACUUUCCUGUCAGUGGCAAUAUCUGCAGGAAUGCCUCAACAGAUGUCAGAUUUUUUAGAAGAGUUUUGCCCAUUUGUAUUUCUGUUUAAUAUUCAAGAACUGGUGACAUACUGUGGACGUAGUAGAGUAUAAAACUUGAAAACCACAGGUGUUGAAGAGAUAAUGGGUAGCUGUGUUUUAAUGCCCUCUGGCAGGCUUGUUCUGUAAGCAGAGGAAUCAAACAGCUAUGUUACCCACAAAGCUGGAAUGAACCAAAGUCAAAGUGACUCCUAGGCAGUGUCUGUCUGCCAUCGCCUGGAUUUCAGAGAAUGCUAGUGCUUUCUCCUACUAAACAAGAUGUAAAACUCAUUCCAAAUUACUCUCUCCGUCAUCCUGUAACUGUGAUAUAGCUAUCUUCCCGGGUGUGUUGGAGGUAUGCAUGUGUGAUUCAGAGCACACAGGUAAUGUGAUGUGACCUAUGACAACUGGUAAUGGUGGACUCAUUUACAUUGUUUACAUUUCUAUGACCAGGCCUUAGGGGAAGGUCAAUUUUUUAAAAAACCAAGUAGUGUCUUCCUACCUGUCUCCAAACACAGUCAAAACAGAAGGGUGUUUGCUUCAGCUUUGUUUUUUGCUUAGUAAUACAGUCAAGCGGGAGUUUGUUUGCGGAUGAAAGCUGUGUAAGCAUUUUUGUUUAUUUCAAAUAAAAUAUAUUUGUAUUAUU